GGGAGUUAAUUGAGAAAGUCAACCGAAUCGAUUACAGAAAUAGCACUGGCGUGGAUUGGAAAACCAAUUACACCCCAGGAUGGCCAAGUGCCACCAUGAUGGACUACAAAUUUGCACUUGACGCGGGUUAAGUGGCCCCCAUGCGGAUUAUUCAGGGGGCAGCUGCGAGUUCAUCAACUGGGCGACAAAGCUGAUUAUUCAAUUAUACCAGCGGCUUUGGCGCUCUUCAUCCGCGUCGACGGCUGCCAUUCACAAUGUAGUGGAUCGUAAAUUAUUCUGGGGCAGGGAAUGACGGAAGAGCAUUGAGACGGGUGCCCCGUUUUUCUGCCGCAUGGAAACCCAGUCAGCAAAGUGAUCGCCUUCAAAAGGCUAGGGAAUCACAAUUAGUUUGGUAUCACAACUUUACAUAUCGUUUUUUUUCCAAGAAAGUCACACAAUUUUUAAAUUAGUUUUUUUCUACAUUGUUAGUUUUGUAGAUCAUUCUUUGUCUUACGAUUUCUUCAGGGACACUAUGUUCUUAGCCCAUCGGCUGCAGCCACACCCCCUGAAGGCGAUGCGGGUGUGCUUCCUGCGAAACGGCGACCGGUUCUUCAAGGGCGUCACCAUGGCCGUCUCUCGGACCCAUUUCAAGGACUUCGAGGCAUUGCUGCAAGGGGUCACCGAGGCGUUGAGUCGCCACGUAGUCCUUCCAUCGGCCAUCACGAAAAUCGUUGGCGCCCAAGGGUCGCCCAUGACCUCUCUGGGUUGCUUCGUCGAAGGCGACACCGUGAUAUGCUGCUGCAAGUACGAGGAGUUGGUGUGGGUCAAGUAUGGCAUCAACAAGGAAUUCCAGCGCCUGCUGGCCUCGCUCAGGCGUUGGCAAGAUCGUCGGAUUGUCGGCGAAAGCCUUGAGCACAUAAUGCCCAACGAGCUGCCCGAUGCGAUCCAGUUGUAUGUUAGCCAACUGGAGCCGGUGGUGCAACACGCCAGGACACUCAUCCUUCGUGGACAGAUGCAGAAGAGCGGGACGCAGUGCAUCGUGAAGAUGGUGAGCAAGCAGUACAUGGACUGCACCUCUGGGGAUCCGUACAUAGAGCCCGAGGUGCUGCGCCAAUUGCAGUCGCAUCCGAACAUUAUCGAGCUGAUGUACUCGGUGGAGGAGCCGCUUUACCUGUACUUCGUGCUCGAAUACCUUGACUGCGAUCUCAAGGACGUGGUCUACAAGAGCGGACCCAUUUCGGAGGCAUAUGCCAGAUCGGUGGUGAGGGGCACGUUGGCCGGACUGGCGCAUAUGCACCGGCUGCAGCUGGUCCACCGGGACAUUAAGCCCGAGAAUCUGCUGCUGCGCUUUUCAUUCGAAUCGGGCGAGCUCAACAUGGUUAAAAUAACCGACUUUGGCAUGACCGCCUACUAUCGAGGCAGCAAGUUGUACAGCUGCUGUGGCACGCCAAACUUCAUGGCGCCGGAGGUGAUCGCAGAAGCUGGGUACGACUACCAGGUGGACUGCUGGUCGCUGGGCGUCACGCUCUUCUACAUUCUGUACGGAGUGCUGCCCUUCGGCAAUCACCAUACAGUUGUGGUGGAGGUGUUUGCGGCCAUCAUGAGUGGAGAGCCCAAAUGUCCAGAGGGCAUGGAAGGUGUCCUGAGCUCGGAGGCCAGGCAGCUGAUCGAUGGACUGCUGCAGAGGAACCCCAGAAAAAGGCUUACAGUCGCAGAGGCCGCUGAGCAUCCGUUUUUGCAGCCUUAAAUUUUAAAGUAUUGUUUUAGGUGAUCAAUUAGUAAUAGAAUAGAUUCCACAUCACAAAGGAG